AUGCAUUUAUGGUUUCGGUGGUUUUUCUGGUUCACCGUUUUCUGGGUGUUGCUUCUGAUCCUGGCCUCGCACCGCGUGCUGCAAACCCUCAUGGUUCCGUCGCCCGGACUCGAAACAUCUUCUCCGAGUGAGUAUCGUUCUCACACAGUAAACUUUUCCUGGCAAGCCCCAGUGCUUGCAAGUCUCUUCAAUGAAAAACCGCUUGCAGAGUAUUUUCAGAAUAUUUCUGAUCUUUGGCGUCGGGAACAGGAGCAAUCGUUUGUUGGCGUUAUCGUAUUCGCGAAACAACAGCGCCUGCUCUGCUCGAUACCGAAAGCCGGUUGUACUGCCGCACGUGCAUUUGCUUUGCGGGAAACGCUGGGGGUGGUUCUGGACCCCCUGGAUGCCGAUGAAAUCCACUUGAUUCAUCCGCAAGGCCGCGCAAACUUGACGCAGCUCCUUCAUUUGCAGGACGAGGAGCUUCUUCGAGUGCUCUCGGAUCCAUCGUGGAAGUUUGGUGCCCUGGUGCGCCAUCCGCUUACACGCUUGCUGUCGGCUUACCUUGAUAAAGUCAAAGCUGGACGCGAACUGGAACGAUAUCCAUUGAAAAAUCGAUACCCUCACUCGUUUGAACGUUUUGUGGACUACCUGGAAGAGGCUGCAAAGACCAUGACCCCAGAUCUGACACCGUUCGACGAACAUUGGCGCCCACAGUCGGGCUUCUGCCUUUUUCGCAUGCUGCCUCGGACAUUCUUCGACUGUAUCGGAAAAGUAGAUGAACCCGAGUCACUUCGAAAGUUUUACGUGGAUAUGUUUGGUCAGGCCGGUCUCGAGUGGCACGAAUCCAUGCGGAAGCGAGCACAAGCGAGCGGCCGGAAUACCCUGCACUCCCAGAGCGCAGCAAGCCUCUUGCACAAGCACGUGAACGAACGUCUGGCGCAAAGGGUUAGAAAAUUGUACGCCGAGGAUUACGAGCGAUUCGGUUAUGAUCUGUGGCCGCCUUAUUACCGCAAGGCGUCCGCGACUUUGUGA